AUGGACCCCCUGAGCAUCACCACCGGCGUUCUCGCCCUCCUACACGUUUCACGGAAAGUCAUUGAUCUCAUUUCAACGAUAAACUCCGCGUCAGCUGAAAUACGCUGUCUUACGGUUGAGAUCAGUACCACCCGCGCUCUUCUCUCAAGUAUCGCCGAUAUUGCCGGCGUAGACGAAACAUGGAACCAUAGUUUACGGGAAUUGAUGACCAAUGAUGGCCCUCUGCAAAUGUUAGACACUCUUCUCUCCAAGCUAGAGCACCGUUUAGGCCAGGACUUCAGAAUAAAGGCCGAUGACACGCGGGAAAUGAUAAGAAUCGCGAGGGAUGCCAGAGGGCUGCUCGCUGGAGCUCUGGCAGUGGACCAUUUGACCAUUUCGAAGGAAAUUCGACAAGAGACCAAGCAGAUCCAUGAAGAUUCUCAGAAAACUUUGUUCAGACAGGAUGCUAGCGAGCAACGGAUGGUGCUGGAAUGGCUGUCAACCGUCGAUGCUGCCGAGUGCCAUUAUUCUGCCUGCGCGAAACAUGAGGAGGGGACUGGUGACUGGCUGCUUGACUCAGAAGACUUUGGUCUUUGGUUGACUGGCAUGAGGGAGGUGAUCUGGUUGUAUGGAAUCCCAGGUUCAGGAAAGACAGGUUUGUAUGCAACUGCCAUGAGUCUACGAGUGAUGUUGACGCCUUCAGUGCAUUGUUCAACAAUUAUUGAGCAUGUUCAAAAUAUUUGCAAAAGCGACGAGCAGCCAGUCUCUUUCUAUAUAUAUUAUUACUUUGACUUCAAAGAUCGGAAACGGCAAACGUUUGAUGGCUUUAUCAGGUCAGCCAUUGCUCAAAUUUGCCGACAAAGCACGGUAUUCCCACGAGAGGUGAUGAAUCUGUAUGAAGAAAAAAGCAAAAAGGGACAGGAUCCAAGCCCGGCGACUCUUGUUGAGACACUCUUAACACUUUUGAAGUAUCCUGGCAAGACAUAUCUUAUCCUUGACGCUUUGGACGAAUGCCUAGCACAGAAAGAGAUAUUCGACUUGAUUCUCAGAAUCAAAGAGGGCACUUCAUGGUUAGCGAAUAUUAUGGUUACUAGUCGCUUGGAGCGGCAGAUCCAGACUGGGAUGCAGGAUCUGGUUACUAGGGCGAUUCCUCUUUUUGGGCCGCAAGUGGACCAUGAUAUUCAGACUUUGGUCCGCCAUGUUCUCGUAUCAGAUCCCGUGUUGAGCAAGCGCCCAAUCCAGAUGAAGAGAGAGAUGGAGCGCGCCAUUGUGAAUGGUGCCAGUGGAAUGUUCCGACUGGCGGCAUGUCAACUUGACGACUUACGUUCCUGUUUGUCCCCAUCAGCCGUACGGAAAACGCUACAGUCCCUUCCUCAAACACUGGACGAGAUAUACGAGCGUAUUCUUUGCGGCAUAGAUGAAGAGUCCCGCUCUAUCGCGUUGACGGCGUUGCAGUUUCUAACGAUCUCGUCGCGUCCUGUCAACUUAGAUGAGCUAUCUGAAAUGGUGGCCAUCAAGCCUGGCGUCAGUGUUCUAGUCGAGAUCGAUAGACUGUUUGAUCCUACCGAUAUUCUGGGUGUAUGUUCCAGCCUAGUUACCACCUCGAGGUUAUCUUGGGUUCAAUUGUCGCACUACUCUGUUCGGGAGUUUUUGGCUUCGGACCGGAUCUCCAAAGGGCCAUCCAGGUUUUUUGCCAUAAAAGACCCCGAAGCACACCUAGCAGUCGCACAGCGUUGUUUGACAUACCUACUGUCAUUUGACAAGUCAGUUAUACCAGAUGAUUCUCACUCCUCCUCGCCGGAUGAGUUCCUGGAAACGAGCUACCCCCUACUAAGGUACGCCACGUUUGAGUGGCAUACUCAUGUACGGCUCCUCCCUUCGGAAUACCAGAAACAGGCCGAACCAAUGAUUCUUCGGCUUUUCGAUCAAGACAACCUCGCUUUUCACCAUUGGUUAUCUAACUACCGCUUCGGUGAAGAUGAGCACAGCCCUGGAAGUCCAUUAUAUUAUGCCGCGGAGUUAGGGUUUUCUUCCGUAGUUCGCACGAUUCUCGACGCAGGUGCUGACGUUAACGUUGUGGGCGGCAUGUUUGGAUCAGCGCUUGCAGGUGCUAGUCUAGAGGGGCAUAUAGAGGUUGUUCGCAUUUUGUUAGAGCAUGGCGCAGAUGUCAAUAUUCGGGCUGGUCGCCACCAUACGCCUCUGCAAGCUGCCUGUGUGGAACGAAGACUCGAUGUAUUCAAUCUGCUACUUGCUCACGGCGCAGACAUUAAUAUCGCUGGGGGAUACUAUGGCUGCGCACUCCAAGCGGCUGCCGCGAGAGGAUGGCCAGAAGCAGCCCUACACCUCAUCAAAUUAGGCGCAGACAUCAAUAUAAUGGCAGGGCAGUUUGGUACAGGCUUACAGGCUGCGUCGCGAUACUGCCAUGAAGAACUUGUCAUGGAGCUUUUGACAAAAGGUGCGGACCCAAAUGCUGCUGGUGGCUACUACAACACUGCUCUCCAAGCAGCUGCACGAGGUGGACAUACUGAAAUCAUUGACAUGUUGUUGGAACAUGGAGCCGAUGUGCGUAUGGAAGGUGGAUUCUGUGGCAGUGCUUUACGUGCCGCCCAAUCCCGACACAAUCACGCCGCCGUUGAAAUUAUUGAAGCCGAACUACGAUUUAGUGAUGCGGAUAGGUCUUUUCCGCUAAUAUUCAAGCGGCCUCCUAAGGAAACCGGAGAAGAUUGGGAAGAGAGUACUCUGUAA